AUGAGACGCGUCACAACUGGCCAGGUGAAGCAAGCCUCUGAUGUUGUACGGGUGGGGCGCGGGUGGGAGCGGGAGGUGCAGCGUAGCACGGAGCCGUGGCGGGACAGGCCGUUGUCCGUGCUCGUCGCUGGCUUCGUGGGCGCGCACUGCUCGCUGGCGCUCCGCGCUCGCGGCGACGGCGUGCUCGGCCUCGACAGCUUCGACGCCUACUACGACCCGUCCCUGAAGCGUGCGCGGCAGCGUCUGCUGGUGUCCCGCGGCGUGGUGGUGCUGGACGCCGACAUCAACGACGCUGCGCUGCUGGAGCGGCUGCUGUCCACGGCCGUUCACGCACGUGCUGCGCCUCGCGGCCCAGGCGGCCGUGCGCCAACCGCUCAUUCAACUGCAGGAGACGGCUGGCCUACUCUAAUUUCUCUAGCAGUGGCAACAAUAGCAGUUGUCUGGCAGAGCAUGCCAAUAUCUGCUGCCUUUGAUGUUGUUGCAAAGAAUUUGAACCCCAAGUUCUUUGAGGUGCCUACUGGGUGGAAGUUUUUUGGGAAUUUGAUGGAUGCUGGAAUAUGCUCAAUCUGUGGUGAAGAAAGCUUUGGCACUGGACAAAUUGGAUAUGCUCUUGUUCCCAUGAUUGCUAGGGGAGUUAUGCUUGGUGCAGGCCAACCUGUUAUUCUGCACAUGCUUGACAUUCCGCCAGCAGCUGAAGCCCUUAAUGACGUUAAGUUGGAGUUGGUUGAUGCUGCAUUUCCUCUUCUGAAGGGAGUUGUCGCAACAACUGAUGUUGUGGAAGCCUGCACUGGUGUGAAUGUGGCCGUCAUGGUUGGUGGAUUCCCCAGGAAGGAGGGAAUGGCAAGGAAAGAUGUUAUGUCGAAAAAUGUUUCAAUCUACAAAGCCCAAGCAUCUGCCCUUGAAGCCCAUGCGGCCCCUAACUGCAAGGUUCUGGUGGUGGCCAACCCAGCAAACACCAAUGCUCUUAUCUUGAAAGAAUUCGCUCCAUCUAUUCCUGAGAAGAACGUUACUUGCCUGACCCGUCUAGACCACAACAGGGCUCUUGGCCAGAUUUCUGAGAGACUUAGUGUCCAAGUUAGUGAUGUGAAGAUGUUAUCAUCUGGGGGUAACCACUCAUCCACUCAGUACCCUGAUGGUAACCAUGCCACAGUGAAGACUUCCGCUGGGGAGAAGCCUGUUCGUGAGCUUGUUGCUGAUGAUGAGUGGCUUAAUGGCGAAUUCAUCACAACUGUCCAACAGCGUGGUGCUGCAAUCAUCAAAGCGAGAAAGCUCUCCAGUGCUCUCUCAGCUGCUAGCUCUGCUUGUGACCACAUUCGUGAUUGGGUUCUUGGAACCCCUGAGGGAACAUUUGUUUCCAUGGGUGUGUACUCUGAUGGCUCAUACGGUGUUCCUUCUGGACUUAUUUACUCAUUCCCAGUAACAUGCAGUGGUGGUGAAUGGAAAAUCGUUCAAGGCCUCCCGAUUGAUGAGUUCUCAAGGAAGAAGCUGGAUGCCACUGUCCAAGAGCUGUCGGAGGAGAGGUCGCUUGCUUACUCAUGCCUCGAGUAA